UUUAGGAAAAAUAACACCUCAGUCUGGGGUGGCAUUGGUGGAUUCCAAGCAGAGAUCUGGGGUGGCUUUGGAAAAAAUACGAGCUCGUUUUGGGGUGGGAUUGGCGGAUUCCAGGAAGAGAUCUGGGGUGGUUUUAGGAAAAAUGCCGGCUCGUUUUGGGGUGGGAUUGGCAGAUUCCAGGGAGAACAUCCCCUGCAAGAAUGGGUGGUGGGAGGGACUUUCCAUCAGGAGCUGGAGCUCCUGAUGGGAAAUCCCUCCCACGGGGAAUGGGGUAAAAGUGAAAGUGAAGGAAUUUAGGUUGGGUUUGGGAGGGAAUUGUUCCUUGUGAGAGUGAGGAGAGCCUGGAACAGGAUGUUCCAUGGAUUUCCCAUCCCUGGAAGUGUCCCAGGUCAGGCCCAGAUAGUGGAAGGUGUCCCAUGGCAGGGGUUGAGUUGACCUUUGAUGUCCCUUCUGACCUAAAGCACUUUGGGAUUCUGGGAUUACAAAAUUCAGAUUUAUUCCUGAUUUUCCCGUAUAAAAAGUGCAAUUUGGGAGAGGUUUUUAAAAUUGAUUGGUUGGAAUUUCUGUGAUGGAGUGGGAAAGGAUUCUUGUGGUUCGCUGUUGAGUGCCUGAAUCACAGAUUUCCUCCUGAAAAGGGGAAGUUUGGGAAGUUUUAGAUAAUUAAUUAAUUAAAUUAAUUGGGGUUUUUUUACAUGACAUUCAGUGCUGAUUGUCCCUGAAUGUCCCCAGCUUGGCUUCAGGACGUGGUUCAGAGUUAAAAACGAGGGGUUGGGUCCCUCAGGUGCUGCUGGGGCCAUGUUGGGAUGAUGGCACAGCUGGGACGUGUCCCCAAGGUGUGGGGACCGCGGGGAACUCGCCUGUCCAGGUGUCCUUGGGUGUCACCAAACAGGUGGGGAGGGACCCUAAAAUUCACCUCAUUCCAACCCCACUGUGUCCUUCAAAUGUCCCCAAGAUGUCCCCGAGACCUCCACCAGCUGGGGCUGUGACACAGCUGGGACAUGUCCCCAAGGUUUGGGGACCAGAGUGCCACCAAAAAGGUUGUGUUGGGAGGGACCUCAAACCUCACCUGAUUCCAACCCCGUCUGUGUCCUUCCAGUCCUGCCACGUGUCCCCAAGAUGUCCUGCCACCUGCACCAGCACCUCACUCCGCUCUACCAGGACCCCGUGGCGCUGUCCCCUGGCGUCCCCUUCCCGGCUCAGCGGUGGCACUCCACCACCUGCAUCCCCCAGGCCGUGCCCAGCCAGGUGCCCCUGCAGCGGACGAUGUCCUCCAGCAUGUGCCAGCAGCAGAGUGUCACCCAGGCCGUGCCACCCUACCAGCUCCACGGACCCCCCUGCGUGCCCCAGCACCUCCUGCACCAGCAGACUGUCCCCAGGCGGGUGACAACAUACGUGCCACCGCAGCAGCGCAUCACCCAGUGCGUGCCACACCAGGUGGGGGUGACCCAGUGCGUGCCACAGCAGCUGCGGGUGCCACAGUACUGCCUGCCUGUCCCCCAGCAGCAGAAGAUUGUCCCCAGGUGUGUCACCACCUGCGUGCCGCAGCAGCGCGAGACGGGCGGCGCGGGUGUCACCGGCGUCACCCAGUGCGUGCCGCAGCAGAUGCAGGUGCCACCGCCUGAGUGCGUCCCCCAGCAGCAGAAGAUUGUCCCCAGGUGUGUCACCACCUGCGUGCCGCGGCCGCCAUUCGUCACCAAGGGUGUCCCGCAGCAGCAGAGUGCCACCAGGUGCGUCCCCCAGCAGUGCGUGACCAGCGUCUGUCCCCAGCAGGGUGUCCCCAGGUGUGUCACCAGCUGUGUCCCCCAGCAGCGCGCGACCCGGGGCGUCUCGUACCAGUGGGUGACAGCGCCUGUCCCCCAGCAGCAGCAGAGUGUCACCGCCAGUGUCCCCCAGCAGUGGCACAGCAGGUGUGUCACCAAGUGUGUCCCCCAGCAGUGUGACACCGGCGGGGCCAGCAUUUGUGUCCCACAGCAGCAGCAGAGCGGGAUGGUUUGUGUCCCCCAGCAAAGUGCCACCAAGGGUGUCCCCCAGCAGUGUGGGACAAUUUGUGUCCCCCAGCAAAGUGCCAUCAAGUGUGUCCCCCAGCAGUGUGUGACCAAGGGUGUCCCCCAGCAAUGUGGGACAAUCUGUGUCCCCCAGCAAUGUGUGACCAAGAGUGUCACUCAACAGAGUGCCACCAAGUGUGUCCCCCAGCAGAGCGUGACCAAAUGUGUCCCCCAGCAAGGUAUGACCAAGUGCAUCCCCCAGCAAAGUGCCACCAAAGGUGUCACCCAGAAGUAUAGGACAGUUUGUGUCCCUCAGCAAAGUGCCACAAAGUGUGUCCCCCAGCAAUGUGUGACCAAGAGUGUCACUCAACAGUGUGGGACAAUUUGUGUCCCCCAGCAAAGUGCCACCAAGUGUGUCCCCCAGCAAUAUGGAACAAUCUGUGCCUCCCAGCAGUGUGUGACCAAAUGUGUCCCCCAGCAAAGUGCCACCAAGUGUGUCCCCCAGCAAAUUGUGACCAAGAGUGUCACUCAGCAGUGUGGCACAAUUUGUGUCCCUCAGCAAAGUGCCAUCAAGUGUGUCCCCCAGCAAUGUGUGACCAAGAGUGUCCCCCAGCAAUACGGGACAAUUGGUGUCCCCCAGCAGAGCGUGACCAAGUGUGUCCCCCAGCAAAGUGCCACCAAGUGUGUCCCCCAGCAAUACGGGACAAUUGGUGUCCCCCAGCAGUGUGUGACCAAAUGUGUCCCCCAGCAAAGUGCCACCAAGUGUGUCCCCCAGCAGUCCGGUGGAGUGAAGAUCUCCAGCCACUCCAAGAAAUACUGCUCAGCCCCCAAGUGGCCCUGGUGACCACCAGGUGUGUGACGAGGACAAUCCCCGGGAAUAUGGCCAGAAUUCCCUGGUUUUUAACCCCUGAUUCCCGCAGAGUCCCCAAACAGCUAUUCCCCAAGUUCCUUGCCAAGUUUUUAUUCUUUGAUUAAGAUAAAAAACACAACUUGAAAUGAAAACUCUUUGAAAUAACGAAAGUUAUAGCAGAGUUAUUUUAUAAACGUUUCAAUAGAAAGGUAAUUAAUUAAAUUCUUUAUGUUGAAGAUGU